AUGAAUCUUGAAAGUAUGAAUCCUGAGAAUAUGAAUCUUGAGAGUAUGGGUUCUGAGAAUACAAACCUUGAGGAUAUGGGUCUUAAGAAUACAAAUUUUAAAAAUAUAAAUCCUAAGAAUACAA